ACAUUCAAAAAUCACUUCGCUUCUUCACCAGCAUUUUCAUAUUUUCUGGACCAUCUUCUUAAUAUCAGAAACAAUUCUGACUGAGGUAGGAUGAGAUCUUUGGAUGCAUUUGACUGUAGAGUUUGACUUUAGAUAUAUAGAGAGAUUGGAACCUGUAUCUUAUUUGGAUAACUUGAAUUACCAAAUUCUGGACCGUUGUUUUCAUGUUCUUUGCCACAAAGCAAUCUUGAGGCUGUUAGGAAUGCUUCGUUUGGUUGUUCUGUUGUGUUUGAUUUGGUUAAUUUUUAUUUUUUUUAAUCAUGUCUCUUGUGUGGCUUUCCAUGCACUGAAGUUGUACUUCCCCAUACAUCUGCUUUAUGCAAUUUGUUAUUUUCUUCUAUACUGAAACAGGCUCAGAAAGCUUUUGCAAGUGUUGCACCCCGACUGUAAAAAGGGGGAAAUAAUCCCACUUAGGGAAGAUACAAGAGAAAAGAAUCACAAUUCUUGUAUGUGGAAAAAAACAUUCGACGCUUUGAAAACUGGGGAAAAAAAAUGCCAACUUCAGUAUAGGCUCUGUUGAGAUAAUUAACACCUUGUUAAUUAAGCAUAUAUUCUCGUGUUGAAUGCAUAUUGCACAGAAAAGUUAUUGCAUUGCUUUUUUUCUUUGUUACAUCUUGAAUUUGCUGUUUAAGAAACGUGUCAAUGGGAAAAGCCACUGACUUCUUGCAUUUGCACUCUGUUUUAAAAAUCACAAUUUCUCUCCCAUCUUUUUUGACUUUCGGGGCACAGGUUGAAGUCUGAUUUGAUUGAAACAUACAUAAUAUGAAUUAAGUUCUAAGGAAGCAAAAGCAGCAAUGAGAAUGCCCGUCUUUGGCAUCUCUUUCACUCACCCCUGUAAUUUCUAAUGACUCAUUCUGUGAAAAAUAUCUCAGAAAAUCAUUCUCAUCUGUAAGCAUUAAGGAAGCCAUUCUAUUAUUAAUAGCAUUUGAAUAAUAAUUUCCAAUGUAUUUAACACGACCCUUCUCACCAUUCAGCAGAACAUUAAACAUGCUUUCGUCCCAUCAGUACAAAUAUUCCGUUUCCAAAUAUCUGUGCGUACCCACCUAAACCUGUUGCUCAUUCCUGCAGAGCAAACCCCUACAAUGGGCUUUGCCAUGUGUGCACCACUGAGGCAUUCCCUGCACUGCAUAAAGCACUGCUGACAGACGGAGCCGCGCUCCAGGCAGGCUGCGGGUGCAGGAGCUGCUGCUGGCAGUAGGAAUGUUCUUUCUGGGCAGAGCCCCUCAGGCUCUUUGCAGCCAGCUGGUAACAAGACGUGCUUGGAGCUGGCAGUAAUAGAUCUGCCUUGAUAAAAGAGUGGUUAAAGGUGACAAAUUGCACUGAAAGAAAGCAUCCGAAACUGAAAUCAUCAACUGUGAUAUUUGCUAAGAUGGUGGCAGCUCUGCUUUGGCUGAAUGCAGCUGACACCUGUAACCAAUUUUGGAAAGUUAGAAAGAAUGCAGAGUGGCAUCUUCCUGAGCCUGAAUCACGCCGGGUCUGCAGCAGUGUAUAUCCCAUCCUUCUUACACUAAGUGGUGUAGAAGCAGCUCUGUACAAAUGAUCUAAAAGCAAUACAGACUGCAUUUGAGGGAACACAAUGCGUAAAAAAAGAAAUUACACUGUAAUUCAUGGAUGCACAAAUGUUGUUUGGGGAUUCAUCCUCAGCGUUUUGUCUUUUCCGUGCUGAACUUCGAAGCUUCUUUAGCUUGUUUUCUCAGUAUGUAUUCCGUAGCACUCAGGAAUGGGCUGCUUCAGUGUGUUUGACUCAAAGCCCGAUGCUCAAGAUGAAUAUGAUCAUUUUUCCUGGAGUUAAAGGGGUUUCAGGGAUGUCAAGACUUAAAGAAACAUUUUUGAAACAACCCCUUUCCAAAUAAGUAAUAGGUCAGUGUGGUAGGAAAACCCAUGUGUGGUAGUGCAACAACAGUAAAUGCAGCGUCUUUCUCUACAGGAUUACUCAGUGAGAAGUGCACCCCUCACACGCCUGAGCUGAGCACAUUCCUGGCACAGAUUCAGACACUUACAAAAUGAUAAAUUAAAAAGAAGGUCUAACAAUUCGUUGCUGCAGUAAUACAGAUAAUGACGUAAUGACCAGUAGUUUUGAUUACAAUUUGCAUUUCCUAGUUUAAAAAUAAAGAAAAUCCGUUGUUUCAAGUCUUUGUAGUGAAAAAGAAAAUAAGAAGAAAAGGAAAGAAAGAUUUCAACCUCUGGAUGGCCGUUUUAAAGUCUAAUUACUAAUGAACCAGAAUAGUCAAGAUUUCUGACUUCUUCUGCUUGUGACUUCAUCUCAAUAUAUCUUUGUUGCUUUGCUUGAAAAGUCUUCUGUCACUCCCUCCCCCAAGCUCUACCAAGUAGGUUCACUGGUUGAGACACUCUACAGUUUUUCUCUGAUAUUAAACAGAUUGAGCUUCAAGAUGUACUCUUUUCAGAUGUACUUUUCCAUUCCUUUGAUCAUUUUUAUGUUUUAUCCAAACUCCAUCCACUCAAUGAGUGUUCUCCAUGGAGUGUCUUCCAGUAAUAGUCAUACCAGUGUUAAAUAAAUAUUCUCUCCUAUUGAAGUCAGCCCUGUUUUCUCAUUCAAGAGCUGCAUCAGCACUUUUGACAGCACUGUUACACUGGGAGCUAAUUUCCAGCAUAACUCCCAAAACCCUUAAAUUCACUGCUUGGUAGAACAGAAUUUCCCCAUCUGAAUGUAUGAUACUUGUUUUUUCUUAGAUGUUUGGCCAUAAGUUUUUUCCAUUCUUAAAACACAUUCUUUUCCUAUGUGUAGUUUAUCAAUUAACACAUAUUUCCACCAUUUGUCUUCAUACUUAUUUACCACUUCUGGGACACACAUGGAUUUCCCUUCUUCUAUUAAAUAAAAAAAAUAAUGAAGCUGUGUCUUGCAGCAUUUCGUAGAGGCAGUCCAGAACUCUCGUUGAUCUGGCGUAGAUACCAAGGACUGUUCCAAUGUCUUUCUUCGAUGUGUACACUAUGUCCGAGUCACUGAUGCCAGGUUUCUGCACACAGAGACAAAAGCAAUAAAAUUUGACUUAGUCUUAUUAUCUGCUUACUCAUUUCUAAAAGGGUACAUUACUGUAACAAACUGAUUUACCUUAAAUAGCAGCAAACUUCAGCUCCUACAGUCAUUACUCGUACAGACCACAGCCACGAUAACACGAACUUGACCUGCUGUGUAAGGAAUAUCUAGAUACCCCAGCUUCUAUGCAUGUACUGCACCAAAGGAACCUCCUCUAGCAGUACAUCUCCUAAUAUUCACUUUGCUUUCCAUUCACUGCAGAUAGAUAUCACUUGACACUGAGCACUUCUUCUAGAUCUCUUAUGUUCCCUAUGGAACGCCCUUGCCCUCUGAUUUUCCAGCAAGUGUGUAAAAACCAAUCAACAGGAAAAGCCAGAGAGGUAUUUUAUUUCUUUUUUUUUUCUAUUUUUAUUUCUAUUUUUGUUUCUUUAACCAUUUUAUUUACCAUUUUAUUAACCAUUGCUCUGAUUUAACACUUUGCCAUCACCACCAGGGGAACUGAAAUUGCCCCAGCAAUUCCUGAAGGUAAUCCACUGCCAGUAGUGGAUCAAGUAUCUCAUAGCUCAGACCCUUAAAAAUAAAAUAAAUCACUUCUUAGAUGUAUUGGCACUAGCACAAACUGAUUUGUUCCAGUAUACAAAGGUAAGACAAUACGAGAAAUCUCCCAUGCCCAAACCUGUACGUCCUCUUAAAUAGCACAGGAAAAGAAUAGAUGGACUUGUUGAAAACAUCUCUUGAUCAAAACAAUAUGUAAAACUCUUAGAAUAUAAUAAGGGAAUGAGUACUUCAUAUAGCAGUUCUCUAGAAAGCGAAGAUAGGAGCCACCACAGUUUCACAGCUUCUGCUUUCCUACAUUCCUCAAAGACGGAUAACUUUAUCCAUUUCCUCUUCUCAGAAAAAAAUGCACCUCCUGGAUGCAUUAAACACACAGAUGCAGUUAAACACACAGACGGUGGCAGUCCAGAACACUUGAAGAACAUGCUAUAAAAUGACCUGAGUCCCAGCGCUGAGCAGGGAAAACAUGCUCAAGCAGAGUCCUUGCUCCCAACAUUCAAACUAAUCGAGAACCAGAAUGUUGCUUUAAAGAAAUUUUAGAAGCAUAAAAUAUCAUUAAACGUUGAUGCUUGUAAAAAUAAAGCGGAAGAUUAAAAGUUGCUUACAAACAGGAAGCAAAGUUUUAGUCUACGAUAGGCAGAUCAUGUUCCAAUUGGGCUUGUAUGGAGAAAAGCCCACAACCCCCAUUACAAUGCAACAUUACAAUGCAUGGGAGAAUACAACUUCAAUUAAAGCCAAAAAUAACAGUAUGGAAAAGAGAAACUAUUUCUUUCUUAAUAAAAAACUACUCGAUAUUAGGGUAAAAAUACAGAUAUUAAAACACACUUAACCUUUCAAUAGUUAUUGAGAAGUUAUUUUAAAUCAUCCAGGCGAAAUAAUUUGCCACAAAGCAUUUAGCAUGCUAGCUUAUGAGCAGAGUGUUUCUCAUCCCCAAGAGGAAGAUUCAGCAGCAUCGAGCACUCCUUCCCCCAUAGUGGUUAAGGCAGAAAUCUGGAAUUCCUUCUGUAGUCAGUUUCAUCAGUUGAUUGAUCCAUUCGCACACCCACUCAUUUCUGCAUGUUCCCAUGAUUUCAUCCCUUUCCUGGUGGAAGCAGUGCCUCUUUGAAGGUAGGCAAGAUAACCACUUUAGAGCAGGUGCUAUCUCUUAAACUGGGGGAGCUGGGUGGGAAACAAUUUCAGUAAGUCACGGAACAGCUUAAUAAUUGCCCGAAUGGAUAAUAAAGCUAUUAUAUAGUGUUGGUUUGACACAGAUCCUAGAAAAACUUUGGAAUAGGACUUAGAGAACUUAAUUUAUGAAAAAUAGAGCACUGUGAGGAGUUCACUUGCCAUCAACAGGGUCGGUAAAGGAAUACGGUCUCUUCUUCUACUGAAAAAUUAGAUAACAAAUAGGAAAGCCAUGAAGAGAGAAAAUAGGAAAGCCAACUGGGAGAAAUGUAACUUAUAAAUUCAAUUCCUGCUGUGCUAGGAGUAUGUUAGGAAGUUACUUGGUCAUCCAGCCAUCUCUCAGGAGAAAAAGAGAAUAAAAACAGAAGAAUUUCUCUCAGGAAAAAGAAAGGUUUCAAAGGAUUCCGUUCCUAGAAAUUGAAACAGGACCAAUUCAGAUCAAUAUCUUACUAUAAUCAUUAACGGUUGGUUUAAGUAAGAAUUGAGCAGUGAAAUCCAGGCAGGGUGCAUGGGUCUAGCAGGCUCUGAAUGAGCCAUAGCAGAGAGAACAGGCAGUGACACAUAUGGUGAGCUAUGGCAAAUAUGGUGGACAAGACCUUCUUCUAAAUAAAUCAGACUCUGCAUCUUUUAUCCUAGCACAGCUGAUCUCUGAGCCCCAGUGAGAUAUGGAUUCUAGCUGCCAUUAAGAGUGAUUCUCACCCUUUACUAUGAUGCACUCACGGCACAGGAGGCUGAGCUGAAAAUCUUCAAAAUGCCCUUAAAGCUGUCCAGUUUGAGAAUGUAAUAACAGUGCUAAUAAGUGCUGUGGGUUACCCUGAGCUGAUCCCACAUGGGCUUCACACAGGCUCUAGCUGCUUGAGCACCGCUCCAACACCAGUCCAUGCCCCAGGGCCCAUCCUUCAGGCACAGAAGUGGGGCUGCCCUCCAUAUCCUCACCAUGCUGACGCCAAACAUAAGGACAUUUUAUUUACAGCUGUGAUAAAGCUGAGAUUGACGAGUCUUGUUCAGGAUGUAGAAACAAUGCAGGUUUUGAGGGGGGGUCAGCUAUGUUUGAAGUGUUUAAGGAAGCCUGUGCUGGAUUCUUCUGGCAAGGAGCUGGAAGCAGCCCACUUCUGUUUUAAAUGUCAGGUGGAACAUGGAGAAAUUGGGUGUAUAGGACAGUAUUAUACAAGACAUCCGUGAGAUCACAUGGUAUCUCAAACAAUGACAUUUUAAUAUCACUUUAUUACUCUUUGGUGGUGUCCAUUCUAAUUUAAAUGCAUUUUUACUCCAUGUGGGUGACCAGCAUGGAACUCAAUAUUCUAAAUGAACACCAGUGUCCUGCACUCAACAGUAUUAAGUGCUUUCAUAUUUCUGUUACAAACACUUCUCUUAAUACAUCCUAGGACUGCAUUUGCUUUUUCCACAGCUGCAUCACAUUGUCACCCUUGGUCAUGCUGUGAUCAAUAUACCCAGUUCUUCCCCUGCUAUUAUUUGAUAUCCAAAAGCCUUUACAUUCAGAAUCUUUUUUGCAGCCAAAUUUUGGCCUGUGACCGCAGCAUCUCAUUCAAUGUCCUUGCUUCGUUCUUCAGGAAUAUCCAGCUGGGGAUGAUGAGAACAAGCUAGGGCAACAGUGAAGGAGUACAAAUGGAAAAGAACUAUAUGCAAGAAAGACAAAAGAAAUCCCUGGGUCAAAAGCAACAGAAGACAGUGGAUCACUGUAAAUGAAAGGAAGUAGAAGGUAGAACCAGAAAACAGAAAAUGGAUGCAAAAGGAGUAGGUGAGCAAGAAGGGUAGAAUGAGUUUCAUUACUUCAGAAAAACUUUUAAGUUAAAAUCACACUGAAAUUUAACUUAAUUUUGCUUCAAAUGCUAAUUUAGCUUCAAAUGCUACAGAAGUCUCUGCAGUACACUUGUCUCUGUACAACAUGUGCAGUUUUAGUAAACUGAUUGUGGUGAUGGUAGAGAAAGAGUAGAGAACAGGCAGUGCCUCUUCUGCUGGGCCUCCGUACUUGGAAAGGAAAAAGGGGGAAAGAAGCACAACGGGAGGAAAGAGUCUGGAAGGAAGAACAGAAGGAACAGUAAUGAACUGGGAGAAGCCCUCCAGCUCCACAUGCCAGUCUGACUUUAUUCAGUAGCAUUUCAGUCUUCCUUCAAUUUAAAGAAGAAAUGAAGAAGAAAUUCAGAUUCAUCACACUGUUACCCUAUGAGUAUUUUAAUCCUAGAAGUUUGAGUCAUUCCUUUGGUUUAAAACAAUCAAGAGUUGCACUGUUUUCUGCAGGUGAAUAAGGAUUUAUCAAAACCCAUUUUAUAAAAAGGGAAAAUUGAGCUCUUGCUGCUACCUGGCCACAGCAGGGAGUGGAUUGGUGUCCUGCAUGGCAGGGGCAGCAGGAGGACAUGCCCACCUGGCAGCACUUUGGGCAGACCAAUGAAAUCCCCAAGCAGCAGGUGCAGAGAUGUAACCCCUGAGCUUCACUUACAAUUCUGCCUCCUGGGGAACUUCUGGAAAGACUAAGGGAAAAUACAUAGGCAGGAGAAGAAACAAAGCUGAUGGCAAUAAGUAUUAAAGGAGAACUAUAAAAACAGUCCCAGGAUACUGCCUAAACAAACUCUCAAAAGUGAACAAACAAAGAAAACAAAACCUUGGAACUGAAUUUGCUUUAAAUCUGAAAAAUAAGCUUGCUUUUCAGCUACAGACACAUUCAUUUUCAUACACAGCACAUGGAUUGUUUUUUCAACCAAACUGAAGAUAUAUUUAGACACAAGUGACACAACUGCAUGCUUUGUGUUAUUUUAAAUGCUGCCUGGGAGUAUUUCAUGGCUUCCAGAACAGCUGAGGUUGGCAUCUACAAUAAAAAAAAGUACAUCAAUUUAGUGAAGAACAAACUGCAAAGAUAAUGCCUGUGCAAACAAUAGGGCUGGCAGUAGCUAAAGAAUUUAUCUCCUGGCGAUGCAGCAGUAUUUGUUUUACUACAUCUCACUGUAGUGAAGAAAAUAAGAAAACUCAGAAUAUUUUGAGGGCUUCCAUUUAUGGUCAGUAGCAGAUGAACAACAUAUACAGUAUUUCCCACAGGAAGAAAACCUUUAACACCAGUAUUGCACUUAGCGCCCAACGAGAUGGAUGUGUGCACAAGGACACCCACUGUGCUCAGUUCCUUCUUUGCCACACGCAGGCCGUGUGAGCAGCAAGUCUGCAAAAGUAAUUUUGCUAUAAUGGUUAUUAAUAAUGUGGCAGAAAAUUGUUGUGGUAUGUGGCUGGUACCUCUGGGAAGUGCACACUGGUUGAAGUGUUGCAUCACCAGUGAGGAAGCUGAAGGAGGAGUGUAGCAGUCUGGGUGACAUCCAGGAGUCACUGGCCAAGCCCAGUGUCCACAUCAAGAGGAAGCAGUGAGAAACAGUCACUGGAGACACCCACAGAGAGAUAGGAGAUCCUAUUGGCCAACCUGACUUGACAUCUGCAAAGGUUCAUUGUUUGCUGGGGUCUGGCAUUUGUGAAGUUGCAGAGACUGCCGAGGUUCUUUCUGUGCCCUCCCGCUGCCCAUCCACACAGCCAGCCCCAGCACUGCCAAGGGAGGCUUUGGUCCCAUCAAGAGCAACUCAAGUUCUCUGCGUUGCUGGGAUAUAUAAAAAUUUGUGGUACUCAAUGUCUUCCUCAGCUUUCACUGGUCAGGCCUGCUUUUGGCCUCCAAGCUGCCUGACCCUAGAGGCAAAUACUGCAGGAAUGCAUCAUUGCAUCACUACCCACUGCAGGGAAAGAUGGAGCCAAAGAGCACUUAGAUCAGCUGGACAUAGUAAAGUCUGAGGGAUGAGGUGGGGUGCAUCCCAGGGCAUCAGGCUGCCUGCUGACAUCUUUAAAAGGUUGUGGCAACCGAGGACGAUUCUUUAUGCCUAUAAAAUAGGAAAAUAUCACGCUCACCCUCAAAAGGGCAAGAAGAUGAUCCAGGGAACUACAUGCCAAUCGAGCUGACCUCAGUCCCUGGGAAGGCAGUAAAGAAAAUGUUCCUUGCAUCCAAGUAACUGAGAACAGCAAGGAUGGAUAUACAAAGGCAAAUCAUGCCUGACCAAGCUGACUGUCUUCUUUACUGAAGUGACUGGAGGUGUGACUGCCUGCAUGUGUGCAUAAAUGGAAAGGGCAGCAUACUGCUAUGUACACUGAAUUCAAACAGGACUUCUACACAAUUUCCCGUACUCUUCCAGCAGACAAGCCAGUAAAGUAAGGACUAGAUGAGUGGACAAUAAGUGAUGUGGAAAACUAUCCAGAGCAUAUACUUAAAGGAUCAUGAUCACUAGUGUGAAGUUCAGUUGGCGGCCAGAUACUAAUGGAACCUCUCAAAUGUCAAAACUGAGGCCAGUACUUCUUAGCAUCUCUAUUAAUGAUUUAUUUAAUGAGAUAGAGUGCACUCUCAGCAAGUUUGUUGGUCAUACCAGCUUGGGAAGAAUAGCUGAUAAACUGGGUAGCAAGGGGCAACAGGUGCUAUUUGGAACAAUGAACAUUCCUGCUAAAUGGAGGCAAUAAAAUGAAUUUUCCCAUGGAGUUGAUCCACUUAGAAAUUUGGAGAACCCCAUCCUUAGAGAUAUUCAGGUCUCGAGUGAAGGAGAUGUCAGUCAGUUUAAUCUACUCUGGCAGUGGUUUGAGCAGGAGGUAGGGCCACAGACCUCUGUAAGUUCUUUACAGCUUAAAUCACUUUAUGACUCAAUGGCAGACAACUCAUCGAAGUCGAUGUAAGGAAUAGAAUUCCAUAGCACCACGGAGAUUAAAAUGCAUGUGAUGUAAUAAAAUAAAGACAAAGGAGUGCAUAGCUUUCUCUAACAGCUAAGAAAGGAAGAAGAGAUAAUUCAACACUGGAAGGUAACGGUGCCACAGGGUCCAUACAUAAAUACAUACCAAACACUGAAUUCAGGCUGAAAACUAAAACAUUUAAUUUCUAUAUAGAAAGUAAGGAGAGACAUAUGGAACAGUUUCCCAGUCAAAGGCAUGUAUCUAGUUUUGAGUCUAUGGAGAGGUCAGCUUGAGAUGAUAAGUGUAUUAGACUCAGUAGUUCAAGAAGUUCCUCUCUGUUUUAGUUUAUCUAGUUUCAAGACGUAGAGGAUUAAAAACACAUCAACUGUCUACCAAGAUAAAAAUUAAAAUUAAAUUUCAAAGAAAUUCAGCCAAAAAGCUUUGGAAUACCAUUGUUUCAAAGAUAGCAAGGAGACCAAACUUGUGUCAGUUUUUCUAAGGUGUUUUGUUUGGGUUUUUUCCCUAACAGAUCAUCAUGUAUUUCUUCUCAGUCAUUUGAUUUGGUUUUCUUCUAGCUUUCUAACCACAAAUUAAUUUCUUGAAUUCUGUUUUUGUUUUUUUUUUUUCCAUUGGUUGGUUGAUUUUAUUCGUUUGUUUUGUUAAAAUUAGUGUUGCUGUUUUCAUUUGCUUCAGUUUUGUUAUUUGUUGUUUAUUUUGGUUGUGUUUGUUUGUCAUUUUUGGCUUUGGUUUUUACUUUGGAUUUUUUUCUUGUGGAAUUUUACCUCCCAUUUCUUAAGUCACAGAAAUCUGCUUUCUUGAAGUCCACUGUUUUAGUUGCUAUCCUUCCUCUUUUGUUUCUGCAAAUGGGACUCUGUCCAACAUCUCUACUUGCUCUUAGUGGUACCUCUAUGCUAUGAUAUAAUUUUUCAUGGGGUCAUGAAAUAUUCUGCUUUUGUAAUCUUCUGUUGUUAAUCUUCUUGCUGGUUUUGAAAAUUCCAGGAUUCUUCUCCUUACUUAUUAGUUUUACAACACAAAUGCUAUAGUUAGUUACCCCAUUCUUUCCCUUAUAUUCAUUGCUGCCUGGAAAUUUCACAUCUAUUCUGUAAGCACAGAUGGUUACUAUAGCUCUUGGAGACUUCAUCUGGGAAAUUCUAGGCUACUAAUUUAUAGUUUAAUGAGAAAAAAGUGUUCUUCUAAUUAUAAGCCUUUAAUAUUAGAUCCGAUUUAGAUCUUCAUCCAAGUAUUUUUUGUCUUAGCAUCAUCAUUCUCAGUGUCAGCAAUGGCAAAACCCCAACACUAAGGGACUAUUAAGUUUGGAAUUAUCGUUAUUCACAAAGUGGUUGUAAACUAGAGAUGAUCGCCAACCCCACUGUCGGUUUGUUGUUAAUACUUAGCCUUGCUGUGUGUGAAAGUGUUGAGAGUGUGUCCAAAACCUGGCUGGAACAAUGAGCAAUCUAGAAGUGAUUUUAUUCCCUGGAAAACAGAAGUAACACUACUCCUUUGGAAUGCAGAAAACUUGCUUUCCCAAACAUGAAAAAUCUUCUGUUUCUUUUAAUCACCCUUGGUCCACUGGCUGGCUGGGUUUUUGAAUUGUUUUUUGUAUAUUUUUGUAUGGGUUUUGUAUGUGUGUUUGUUUUAUCUUUAGGAAUUUCAAAGUUCUCUUAAGUCCCUGAAACACAGAUUUUUCUGUUGGAGUGGGAGAUUAAAUGACAUUUGUUAAGGCAGUUUCAGUCUUGUAAUUUCUUGACAGCUUUUCCCAACAGCUGUCAUUUUGUUCCAGAUAACAUCUUAAGAAUAUUUGCCACAGUGUGUUUCCUUUACCUUUUCUCUGUAACUUUACUUUCACUUAUACCUUGUCUAAUUAAGCAUUUCUCAGCAGCUGGACACCUAAAUAGCAUCAACACCAAACAGAGUCAAUGAAAGUGAUAAAGAUUAAAAGGCAUUUAGACCAUGAACUUCCCUGUCAAUCACAGGGUAUCCCUUCACCUCAGUCUGGAGCACAGGACAUAAAACAACUCGUAUCGGUCCUCCUCCAAUUUGAUCAGUGCAUCACAACUACCAAGUUGUACUCAAAGCAAAGUAUUAAUAGAUCAGACCACUGCAAAAAACAUGUAGCCUUACAUCUCUGCUCCUGGAGCAAUGUUAUUAAGCCUUUCUUGGUUUUAUGUUGCUUUGCUCAAGUAUUUGGCCUUGGCUGUCGCAAUUGAAAAGCGUGAAACAUGAUCCCUAAAAACUCAAAGACCAGAACACAAGAGAGGAAUAGAAGUGUGCUGUAAUUUUCAUUCUCACUCUUCUACAGUCUCACCUCAGAACACACAAGGGCCAGUACCCACUAUAAAUGAACAAGUAUUCAAUAUAUGUUAAGCACAUGAACGUACUGCAUGCCCACAUUUUCGUUAAGCAGCUAUUCCUAAGCUAGAGCAACUUUUCCUAUAUUUCAAUUGCAAAACGAGGGUAGAUGUGUUACGAUUUCUUUCUUUUUUUCUGCUCGGAGCUUUCCAGUGAAAAGGGGCAGCUCUUUCAACUGCUUCAAGAAGGAACGGAAAAUUUGUCCUUACCAGAACCUUGGAAAUAAUAAGAGAGAGAGGUUAAGAUUUUUAUAGCCCAUUCUCACAACACUAAAUGAAAUAGCUCAAACGCACUGCGAUUCAGGUUAGAUCUGAGGAAAGCUUUGUGUUGGCUUUAUCCCAAAUUCUUUUGUGGUUUGAGGAUGAGUAGCAGGUACUGCUUGUAUUUAAUCAACUUACAAGUUUUCUGGUGCUGACAAUGCCCUCUGAAGUCAUGAAGAAGUACAGCAGUUGCAUUCUGUGUAGUCAGUUGCAAAUAAAUCUGCUCUUAGCACUGCAGAGCAGACCCAGCGAAGGCCUGCCUGCAGCACUGGUGAUUCCCAUUUGUCUCAGGUGGAUUCAUUCCCUUCCUUCCCAACACAUUUUCACUGCAGCUCCUCUACUGAAACCUGAUAGCUGAGACAGGAUAGCACUGUGUAGUAAUAAAAUGACCAACCAGUCAAUCCCCGGUUCAUCAGGGGGAGCUACGCAGUCAUUUUGUUCUAAUUUACAUUCAUUUUUUUUCCUAAAUACUUCAAAGAUUUUCCAUCUUAAAAUCUUGAAAUUUUUCAAAGAAUCUGCUAAAUCUUGUGGUUUGGGUUUGGGUUUGGUUUGGUUGGUUGGUUGUUUUUGUUUUUUUUUCCCUUGUAUUCCCUCCCUUAUCCGUUGUAUCCUUUUCAAAAUGGGAAGACAGCAGCAGAGCAGAACAUAGGCGAAGAUUUUUGAGUUACUGAGCGAUGUGGCACAGUUUUCAGUACUUUAUUUUCCUUUUUUUGCCUACAUUAACAUUUCAUUUUUCUAAGCAACAGUUUUCAGCCAGCUAUUUAGAGGGAUCCUGGUUUAUUUAUGAGUUGGUCUGAGUCUGUCAGACGUCACAAGAGAAUUUAAACUAAUCCCCACCAAUGUUCAAGGCAUUCAAAGUCUCCAAGUGCUCACUCUGCUGCUCUAUGAGGAUAAAUCGCAGGGUAGAGUGAAAUCAGUUGUGGCAGGAAAUAAGAUCCUCUCAGAAGUGUUGAGUUUACAGAGUGCUGUUCUUUCAUGAAGACUUUUAAUUCGAACUCACAAAAUAAAAUGGACUAGAAAAGACAAAAGCUCUUUCGUAUCCUACGCCAUCUGCCAAUUUAUAUUGAAAAGAAAUGCUAGUGAGACCUUACGGUUGGGGUUUUGACUGAUCUUCAUUUUCAUGACAGUGGGAUUUUUUCUCCCAACAAUGAAAAGGAAGAACCUUUUCCUAAGCCUAUUGCUCUGCUACAGUUUGCUCAGAGCUGCCAGUUCUCACCUCAUAAUCGAGGAGAAGACAGAAUGCAACCUUUCAAAGAGCAACAAAACGAACCUCCCAGAUCUCCCACCCAUCUCCAUUGUAGAUUUAACUAAAAGAUCCCAGAAAGUCAGCAGAAAAGAGGCAGAGAAUAAGAAAUCUUCCAAGAAAAAUGCUGAACUGAAGGCACCUCCAAAACCAAGGCCCACACCUGCUGCUGACUGCGUGCCAAACUUCAAAACCUGCAAACCACACUUGAAUUCAUGUUGUAACUACUGUGCGUUGUGCAAAUGCCGAAUUUUUCAGACUAUCUGCCAAUGUCUACUGUUAAACCCAAAGUGUUAAACCAAAUCAGGAACAUAUUAAGGCUGCUGUCUUUCAUUAGCUUCCCAAGUGUAUAUGUCAAACUAUCUAAUGCACGCAGCAGUCAAAAUAGAGAGCUUUGAAGCUGAUAGGUUGGAUUUGUUGCUCCUCAAUGGACAAUGAUCUUCUUUGUGGGGUUGAUGCUGUCAUAAACAAAAUGGGUUUUUAGGAAGCUGAUAACCAGGAAGAUAGACUUCAAACAGUCAUUCUUAGCAAAACUAACUUGCAUUUAAUGAGAAAUCUGGGUUCUCAUUGUUUGGGGAUUUUUAGGGUUGUAAUUUGUUUUUUGUUUGUUUGCUCGUUUUUCUUUUUUGGUUGGUAGCUGGGUUUUUUGUUCUUUUGUUUGAGAAGGAUUAUACUAACCAAAGAUUUCAGCAUAGUCUAGCCAGCACUGCAAAACCUGCCCACAAUCUGCCACACUGAAACUGGACUUGUCAAUCUCAGGUAAGACCAGAGCUUAGGUUUGCCCUCAAGGACAGCACAGCACAGGCUUCCAGCAGAUCCAAUAUGUAAAGCUGAAAAUGCAGGUUUCAUGGUUAACUCCCCCUUCACACAUUCCACAAAAAUUAGGACUAGAGUCUUUGUAGGUUACUCAAGCUGGAGGCAGUAGCAACAAACUGUUGGCUCGAAACAAGACAUCUUCCUCUUCUUGAAGCUCUGUGCCUUAAUACUGAGUUAUCCCAGAUGACAUAGCAGACAACCUUCCCUGGCUAAGCUACCAGGAAAGAAGUGGUAGGUCAUAGGAGAGCAAGGAGGGAGCAGACCUAGAAGUGCCCAACACUGAAGACUAUUCAUCUGCCGGACACCAGCUCUCUUGCUUUUCACCUUCUCUGUUUUGCAUCUACCGUGUUCCUCUUUCCCCAGCUCUUGCACACUCUUUUCCUCCCAUGGGCCUCUUUUGAUUUUAGUCUUUUCCCUUCCUCCCACCAUUAUGGUCAGUCACCUGAGGAUCCUGAAUUUUCUAAUGCUCUACAGGUCUAAUUUGAAGGAAAAUUCUCAGCUGAUUUAUUUCUAAGAGCAGCUGAGGGCUACAAAAUCUUCCAGGCAGGCAAAGACAAUAUAGAUGAUAAACAGUCCCUAAAGUGCCUCAAGCCUUCUGAUAUCAAUCCAAAGCCCAGAGCUUUAAGUUUAGGCUGGGUGUUGACAGAAAUGUCUGUUCACCUUCCUAGAGAGACAUGCAGUUGACAGAGAGCUUAAUCUAAGAAAGAGCCUAAAUGAUGGCAGGAUGACACCAUGUUCCUUAUCCAGCUGUCAUAUAUGAUGCAAGUUUGAAUUCUUUUAAACGUGUGUUAUUACUUCUUUUAAUCAGAUAUCCUGGCUCAGGAAUCCAUGAGCUGUGGGACAAAGAGGAUGAGAAGAAAUACAACACGGUGGUGGGUUUGGGAACAGGAUUUGGCCCCUUCUUUUCCUAGGGAAGCUGUAGGUUCUUGACAAGCUGUUUCAGAGUUUUCAUAAGGAAGUGUCCACAGUUGAUACUAAAAUGAUAUCCGUAAUCACACAAUUUCUACCGUGGAAACAAGUACUUGUCUAAGAGGCCACAGAAACUGUGUUUUAACAGGGUGAAUGGAAGCAGUGGAGGAAAUGGAAGGAGGAAGAGCCAAAAGUCAAACAGCUUGUGCUGUUCUCUCAACAAUAGCUCCCACUUCAGCUUGGCUGUCUGCUAAGGAAUUGGGCAGCGCUGAGACCCAGAGUGAGGAGCGAGAGACAUAGAAGCUGACCCAGUUUGUCCUGGGCAUGAAAGAAAAAGGAAGACUCUUUCAUAUGAGAAUAAUGAGAUUUGUUGUUAAACAUAUAGCACUUACUUUAUAAUAUAGCAUUUAUGCAUAGUGUGUUUUGAUAGAUUUGGUUUAUUAAUAAGCCUUCCUUUUGUUACUGGAAUUAAUUAAAAAGAGAUUAUGCUUUCUUUGCCAUUCAUCUAUCACACCAAAUAAUACAUGUAAUCAAGUACUCUGAAA